CCGGCCGGAGACAGUUGAGGCUCGCGCGGGCUCCUCCACGGCACACAAACAAAACUGAGCAGGAAUGAGUUACUGAAGUUCUGAAGUGAGAAGUUACAUUUUAAUUUGUUUUUUUUUUAUGUUUGGUUUUGAAAGUAUAAGUUCGUAAUCCACGCAGUACCGCUGUGAGCACCAUGGAUAUAGCAGCUACCCAAGCGAUCGUCACGUGUCUGUCGUUCCUUCUAGCGGCUUCCUUUGGUUCCGCUGGUCGCAACUCGGCAACGCCGUACUUCGGGAAGCUGAUAGGGACGUUGCAAGAAUACGCACACAAGAUCAAGGGAACGGCGUACGCGGUUGACGAGAGCACCAUAUUCAUCAAGGGCUUCAACUACGACGGGACAGGCCCAGAUGCUUUCUUCUGGGUUGGCAACAGCACGAGGCCCUCCCCUGAAGGUUACAUCGUCCCUUACCCUGAGGACUACAAAGGGAGGGACCCGCCCGUCCUGAAAGCGUUCAACAACAGUGACGUCGUGUUGCGUCUGCCAAUGGGGAAGCGCAUUCGAGACAUACGGUGGCUGUCCGUCUGGUGCCGGCGGUUCACGGUCAACUUCGGGGACGUCUUCAUCCCGAACAACUUGGAGGUUCCCAAGCCGCGGGUGUUGCCUGAGUUCAAGAGGCUAGCACAUGGGCUGAGAUCAGGCAACAUCAGCGUGCUGGAUGCCAAGACAUUCUACAUUCCCAACCUACACUAUGAUGGAGCUGGACCGGAUGCAUACUUCUGGGUUGGUAAUGGCACAGAACCCAGUCCCCUGGGCAUCAAGGUGCCCAGUGAGAUGGGUAGUUUGGACCCACUGCGCGGAUACCAGGGAGAGGACAUAGAGAUUCAGCUUCCAGGGAAUCUCACGGUAUACGACAUUGACUGGCUGGCCGUGUGGUGUGUGCAGUAUAGACAUAACUUCGGUCACGUGCUCAUACCAAAGGAUCUUGAUGUGCCGCCUGCAAUGGGGCAGACCAAAAUCACUACGAGCAGUACGACAUCAGAUCCAGCAGCAGAGCGGUCCCUCAACUGUCGGCAGCUGCUGAAUGAGCGUCUGCAGGUGCAGUGGGAGUUGCAGGGUGACAUGGUACAGAUUCAGCUGGCUGCUCGAAUGAGAGAGGACCAGUACAUGGCAUUCGGCCUCAGUGGAGAGCAGGGGCGCUCCUACAUGAUUGGUGGAGAUGUCGUUGUGGCAUUCUAUGACAGUGAGCGAGGCACAUUCCGUGUCGAGGACUACUACAUGACAGCCACAGCUCAGUGCGAUGGGAAGAGUGGCGUAUGUCCGGAUGAGCGUCUUGGUGGGCGCAAUGAUGCAGUUUUGGUGUCUGGAGAACGAAAGAAUGGCGUGACUACGAUUGUGUACAGGCGACCGCUUCAGACCAAUGAACCAAUCAAUGACCGAGCCAUUCCCACUGAUGUAGAAGUGAGUGUCAUAGCUGCUAUAGGACCUCUCAACAGCCGAAAGGAAGCAAAUGCCCAUGCCACUCCUGACAGAACAGCUGAUGAUAUUCGUAUUGACUUUAGCAGCAAGAGUGACCAUGCAUGUACCAUGUCACUCUUUGAUCUUCCGGAUGAAGAUGAACUGAAGCCUUGGCCAUCUGCAAUCAUUACAGGAGAGACUGUAUUCUCAGCUCGCAUUGGACCUACAGGGGGGAAGAGGGGCUACACACCAAUCACAGGCCAACCAUCUUGGGGGAUUGCUUGGUACAUUAACGAUAUGCUGAUCCCAGAAAUAUAUGUAGAACGAGGACAGACCUACACGUUCAUAGUGGAAGGUGGAAAUGACCGAACCAAUCCUGCACGGUAUCAUCCUUUCUACAUAACAGACAGCAGUGAGGGUGGUUUUGGCCAGAAGUCUGAAGCCGAGCAGAAGAAGCAGCGUGUGUUCGCAGGUGUACGAUAUGAUGCAGAAGGGUACCCAUAUCCCACAGCAGCUGGUCGGUAUUGUGAAUGGGCGCACACAACUGUUGACCGCUCAGCAGAAAUGGAGACGUUUCUUGAAUACCUGAGCACAUUGCGACUGGUGUGCGAUAAUGGUGAGCCUGCCUACCUCAACUGGACUGUAGCACCAGAAACACCAGAUCUUUUGUACUAUCAGUGUUACACGCACAAUAACCUGGGCUGGAAGAUCCAUGUUGUGGACAUGGGGUACCGCUCCCAGCGAAAUGGCGCCAGUGCUGCAGAUAUGGCAGUCCUGAGCGCAGCUCUCUCCCUCUUUACUGCAGUGGUGACUGGUCUGGUCAGGUGAAGUGUGCAGUUGCUGCACCGCAUUGUUAAAGUGCUCCUUGUUACAGUAAAGUAUUUAUGUCAAGAGCCUGCUGGAAAAGUUUUAAUGUUGUUAGAUGGACAGGCAACCCAGCCUGAUGGUGGUUAGUGUUAUAGUACUGGCUGUGAGCAGCACGGAGCUCAGAUAACAAACUCACUGACCAAAGAGUACGAGCUAGUUCCUACUGGCCACCUUCAGGUUUCAUGAACUGUUGUUGUUUUAAAGCUAAUUCAUAAUUGCAGUUCAGUCCAUUUCUUCUCACUGUGAGCAGACAAUAAGAAACACAAACUGACUCUACAUGUGACAGAUGACAAUAACAAGUGAAAUGUUGUAUUUGAGAGAAUUUAUUUAUAUUAUGGCUGGAAACUAAGCCAGUUAAGUCCCAGCACAGAUGCAGCCACAGUAGAACAGUUGGAAGCAUUGUUCAGGCUCUCUUAGUGCAUGCUUACAUAUCCAACAAAUAUGGGAGAGAUGUAACUAUUGUAAUUCAUUAUGAUCCUAUAGCAUUAUUUUUUUACUGCCUUGCUUUCAGAGUCUCUUUGUUUAGAAAUAAGCUCUUGUGCUGAAAUCGUUUUGAGACUUUGCUCCUUGAAUAUCUCUGAGUAGGACUGAGGGAAUUUAGGGUGGUUUCUGUAAACUGCAACCCUGCAAUAGGAGUGCUGCUUAUUACUGUUCAUACUGAGAUCAAACAAAGAGACAAUUUUGAUCUGUGUUGGCAGUAUUGUGCUCACACCCCACCCAUUAACUAGCUGCAUGGAGCAGAGUUCUCGAGGAACUGAUAGUUGCUCAGCUAGUCAAGGAAGUCCUCACUUUCAGUGGAUCCUAAACGUUCAUUGCCCUGUUCACAACAGCCCAUUGCUAGAGCCUAUUCUUGAAUCCAGUCCAUACCAUCACUCCCUAUAUCAUUAAGAUCCAUUUCAAUAUUUUCCUGCCAUCUAUUUCUAGGCCUGCAAAGUGAUCUCAAGUGAUCUCUUUCCAACAGGUUUCCAGACCAAUAGUUUAUACAUUCUAUUUAUGUGCUGUUUAUAACAGUAAUGAGGCAUUCUGCAAUGGCAUACUAACUGUCCUGGAAAUAUAUUCAGGAUGCCCAUAUGCUGGAAAUGUAAAGGGACAAAUUGACACCUUACUGUGUUCACAGAUUGGGCUCUUUAUGGCUUAAAGGCACUAUGGGCAGUUUGUGGAAGGGCACAUGCAGCAGAUAUUGAAAGGAAUGUUACAGGAACAUAAAGAAUCUACAAUAUGUGCAAUAAUAUACCAUAUCAAUACCAUUUUAGUUCAUGUGUAUUGUUUCAUUUUUAUUAAUUUAUUGUUUUGUUGCUUGUGUUUAUCACAUUUUGUAUUUGAGCUUUAUAUUCAUUAUCAUUAUGUUGCUUUUAUCAUUUAUUUUUAUAAACUUGAUUACUGUUGAGUAACAGGAGGUUCUUAAGGUUUGAGGUUAUGACAGGUGUGAAGAUUCAUGUUGUGGUCUUCUGGAUCAUGACAUAGUUAGUGCUGCCUGGUAUGUUCAAUAUUUUGGAAGAACACACUUCAACCUUGAAGAUGGUGGCAUCACAUUCCUCUAAAAUAUUGGUAACUAUCUACUACAUGACAUCAUGACCUAGAAGACUAGAACAGAAAGAAAAUCUUAUCUAAGAAUGUGGACAACAGAACUCGCCCAAAUGACAAUGCAGAGGAACACAGCUAGUGUAUUUGUAUGCUAGUUCAGGUGAAACUGAUAGAAAAUGUAUUGUAGUUAAUAUUAACAGACAUCUUUUGAAGUGGUAACUGGUUAUUAACACUCUCCAAAAUAAAAUAUAAGUUCUUAAAGUGUCUACAUAUAAUAUUAGAGAGAAGAAUAUAUGUGUAACUGGUGAAAGAUGUGUUCUAAGAGCUAUAAAUUGAUGGCCUGGGUUUGACCACUGCCGUGAGAUGUAGAAUAUUCUCAUCCCGUGGAUACAAGCCAAGUUUGCACUUGACCAUUUGUCCCUUGCUGUUACCAAGAUCUGAGAUUCUCUUUAUGCCUUGAGGGCAUGAUGCUUUGACUCAGAGAUGUAAGCUUUUUUUUCCCCCCUUACUUGCAUACCCCUUUGAACUCCUUGACAUAAGAAUUGUUACAAAUAUAUAUACUCAAACACUGUGGUCUUCUGGGGAUAUACCACAAUGUAGUAAAGAUAAAGCCAAAUGCUUCAGAGGAACAUAUCACCUCUAUCUUCAGGACUGAAGAAUAAGA